AUGACGCCCGGGGGUAGGGCAGGCCACAAUAGGCUCGGCAGUAAUGGUGAAACUGGAGAAAGAAAGAAAUCUGAUGACAGAAAUUUCCAAGGCCAAGACAUCGUGCGCUGUUAUAAAUGUGACGAAGAGGUGCGUUUCUUAUGUAUACCUUGCAAAACAAAAGUUUGCAAAGCAUGCGUUGGUGAUCACUUGGAAACUAAAGGUUCUCCACGAUUUCAUAACUUUGCUUUUUACGGUGUAGAUGAUAGAGAAAUCUCGUCUCAACCGAACGUUGAGGGAAUUGUAGACAAUGACGAGAAUUUAAAAGAUACAUGGAGCAUUGCUCUACUUCCAGAUCUGGCAGAAUCCCAGCGAAUCAUUGUUUGCAAUGACCAGUCCAUCGUGCUCUAUCAAAAGCAGAGAGAUGGCGACUGGUCUAAUAAGGAGUUAAAGAGAAUCAACGGAAAUUCUUUUAUCAGAUGUAUUGCUACUUUUAAUUCUCGCAUUCUUUACUCGGCAACGAAUUGCAAAAAAGUAUAUGAAACAGAUGAACAAUUUUCAACUGAGGCUAUCAGACCAUAUUUUACAUCUGAAGCUGAUGGGUGGACUCCUAGAGGUAUAGCAUUUUCCUUCCUUAAUCCAGGCCAUGUUUGGAUAGGUUUGUAUCACGCACAGACGAAAAAAGGGAAGGUUAUCAAAGUUCAAUCAGAGGGCAAGUUUGUAGGAUAUCUGGGUGAUGAGGGAGACAGAAAGCCAUAUACAAAUCCCCGAUUCCUUGCUGAAAACAGAAACGGAGAUAUCUGCAUAGCCGAUGGAGUAUCAAAGAAAGUAUUUGCGUUAUCACCAAAAGGAAAUGUUUGUUUUUCGUAUAAACCUUCCGGAAUUAUAUCUGGAUACGGAGCUCGAACUGUUGCAACAGAUAAAAAGUGUAACAUUCUUGUUGCAUAUCCCAAUGAUGGCAUACAUGUGUUAAAUAGCAUUGGAAAUUGUCUUCUUAUUUUGAAAGAGGUGGCAUAUCCUACAGCUUGUUGUGUCUCUUUGAAAGAUUCUCUGUUUGUGUGUUCCAAAGAUGGAGACAUUAAAGAGAUAACAUACCUUAUGCCACCGUCUCCAACCAACCAGUAA